GCGAGUAUCACCACUUCAGAGGUUCCAUUUUACUUUCUGUGCAAGUCUCAAACAUAUCCUCUCUCUCUCCACUCUCUCGCAUCGGAGAUCAUCAGCAAAGCUCUCUCCAAUGUCGACUGAAGAGGAGGUCAAACGUAAGGCCGCGGUUAGCGAAUACAACAAGAAGCUUCUUCAGCAUCGGGAGCUUGAAUCUCGCAGCAGAAAAGUGAAAGAGGAGCUGCGAAGUGCAAAGAAGGACUACACUAAAACAGAGGAUGAUCUAAAGUCUCUCCAGAGUGUUGGACAGAUCAUUGGAGAAGUCCUUAGGCCUCUUGACAAUGAGAGAUUAAUUGUGAAAGCUAGCAGUGGGCCAAGGUAUGUCGUUGGUUGUCGUAGCAAAGUUGACAAGGAAAAGCUAACUUCUGGAACACGAGUGGUUCUUGACAUGACUACCCUCACUAUUAUGCGCGCUCUUCCACGUGAAGUUGAUCCAGUUGUAUACAAUAUGCUUCAUGAAGAUCCCGGGAAUAUCAGCUAUUCUGCAGUGGGAGGGUUGUCUGAUCAAAUCCGAGAACUGAGGGAAUCCAUUGAGCUUCCACUAAUGAAUCCUGAACUUUUCAUUCGGGUGGGAAUUAAACCUCCAAAGGGUGUUCUUCUCUAUGGGCCUCCAGGUACGGGCAAGACAUUGUUAGCUCGAGCUAUAGCAAGUAACAUAGAUGCCAAUUUCCUAAAGGUUGUAUCAAGUGCUAUCAUAGAUAAGUACAUUGGUGAAAGUGCAAGACUUAUCCGUGAAAUGUUCAAUUACGCUAGAGAACACCAGCCCUGCAUCAUUUUCAUGGACGAGAUUGAUGCUAUAGGAGGUCGUCGAUUCAGUGAGGGAACAAGUGCUGAUCGUGAAAUUCAAAGAACCCUCAUGGAACUGCUAAAUCAGCUUGAUGGAUUUGAUCAACUGGGCAAGGUCAAAAUGAUCAUGGCAACAAACAGACCAGACGUGCUGGACCCUGCACUUCUUCGUCCAGGGCGUCUAGAUAGAAAGAUUGAGAUUCCCUUGCCAAAUGAGCAGUCAAGAAUGGAAAUUCUCAAAAUUCAUGCUGCUGGCAUUGCCAAACAUGGUGAGAUCGACUACGAAGCAGUUGUCAAGCUAGCAGAGGGAUUUAAUGGCGCUGAUUUACGGAAUAUUUGUACUGAAGCUGGCAUGUCAGCUAUACGUGCAGAAAGAGAUUAUGUGAUCCAUGAAGACUUCAUGAAGGCUGUGAGAAAGCUAAAUGAAGCAAAAAAACUAGAGUCGAGUGCUACCUAUUCUGCAGAUUUUGGAAAGGACUAGAACUAAAAUGUCACAGAAUAUUUCUUAAUUUUUUCAAGUUGGUAUUAAUCUUUUUCUUAGAACAAUUAUUGGCUUUAAUUUUAACAAUCUCUUGAUUUGCUUCAA